AUGCGGUCGAAUUCCCCUGCACGUGGGCAUUGCAGGGCAUCCACGCUCGCUUGGGACCACUUGCAGAAUAUCUACCUGUUGCUGAUACGCAAGUCGUCGAAACCGAUGCAAGCAUCAGUAGAGCCUCAAAGAUCCGCUCAAUCUUCUGAGCCGGAUAUGCAAGUGGAAGGUAUAGUGGCAAAGGCCCCAAAUACACAAAUUCAAGGGUUCUCGGUUCAAGACGGCCGCGGCGAGAACAUCCCCUCUCAAAACUGUAUCGUCUACGGACCCAAGCUCAUCCAACAAAUACCUCGCCUGCUCCCACCUUUGUCUUAUUACCCGACAAUCCAAACAUGGAUGGCCAAAAACAUCAACCUUGCCCUAGCGAGUGCUCUCAUGGAGCUUUGUAUGACUGUCAAGCUUUCACCAAGCUACCCCAAGAUCAACUGGACGCGGUUGAAAGUGCGCAGAAGUUUUUUUGGUGUCGGCAGUGACAACUAA